UAUCUUAAUAGUCACCAUAUAACAAAACUCUAAAACCCUAAAAUUUUCAGAAUUCAGAAUCCCUAAAAUCACCAUAUAACAACGACACUCAUUCCAUUCCUUUCUGCAUUACCAUUUUCCUUUUCGUUUUCAGUGAAAACCUGAAAAUAUGGCCGAGGAGGAACCAAAGGUUCUCAACUAUGUUCCAGAGGUUAUAUUGAAGAAGAGGAAAAAUAGUGAAGCCUGGGCAUUAAGAAAAAAGGCACAAUUCCAGCAAAAAGGUUUCCAAUUCAGGAAGUCCAAGGACUUCAUAAAAAAACCUGAGGAUUUCAUUUUUGAAUAUCGCAACAGGGAGGUGGACCUUCUUAGAAUGAAACGGAGGCUCAAGGGAGUCAAGAGGAAACUGCCCGAACCAUCGACCCCAAGCAAGCCCAUAAUAGUCAUUCGUAUACAGGGGAAACAUGACAUGCAUCCUACAACCAGAAAACAUUUAUUGAGUUUGGGAUUGAGAAGAAUAUUCAGUGCUGUCUUAGUGAAGCCAACUGAUGGAGUAAUGGCCAAGCUGCUGAGAGUGGAACCAUAUGUUACCUACGGAUAUCCGAAUCUUAAAAGCAUAAAGGAGCUAAUUUACAAGAAGGGGCAUGCAAAAAUAGAUAAGCAGAAAGUUCCUUUGACAGAUAAUAACAUUAUUGAGCAGGAAUUAGGGAAGUUUGGUAUUGUAUGCAUAGAAGACAUUGUGCAUCAAAUUGACAAUGUUGGUCCACACUUUAAGGAAGUUGUAAGAUUUAUGUGGCCCUUUGAACUCAACAAACCAGCAGAUGGAUUGAAAGGUUCGAAAACCCGAUUCAAGGUUGGUGGAGAUGCAGGGAACCGGGAGGAUCUCAUCAAUGAGCUCAUGAAUAAAAUGAAUUAGGUCUCGGCGCAAUAUACUAUCGGUUCUAUCAAAGUUUUGAUGAUUUGUGGUGUAUCUUAUAUGAAUUUUGAUAGUUUGUCACUGAAGACUCAAAUGAUUUAGUUGGUAGUCAAAUUAGGACUAAUUAGCACUUCACUUGAAUUUAGUUUGAGUUUGUUGUGUUAUAUGUUAGAUAAUUUCUAAGUUUUGGACAAUUUGAACUUAGUUUGUGUUGUUCCGAUAAUGUAAAAUAUGGUUUUGAAGAUAUAUUGUGAUAUAAUGAUGUGUUGUUUAA